AUGGGAUUCCAAAAUCUACACAACUUCAAGAUUCCAUUUUUCAUUCUUCUUUUUAAAAUAUAUAUCAUGACGAUAAGUGCAAACUUUCUCAUUGUCCUCCUGGUAUCAAUCAGCACUACCCUGCACACCCCGAUGUACUUUUUUCUCUCACAUUUGUCUUUGUGUGAUAUGCUGUUCUCCACAAGUAUUAUACCCAAGAUGUUGCAUAUUGUACUAGAAGAGGGCGGCACAAUAUCAUUGAAUGCCUGCUUUAUUCAAAUUCAAAUUUUUGGUAGCUGUUGCAUAGCAGAGUGCUACCUACUAACAGUGAUGUCCUAUGAUCGAUAUGUAGCUAUUUGUAACCCAUUGCUUUAUUCCUCCAUCGUAGACGUUAAAUUGUGUACCAGACUUGUUAUCAUUUCUUGGAUGCUUGGGUUCCUGUUUGCCCUAAUUGCUUGUGUUUUGGUUGGUAGCUUAGAUUUUUGUAAUCACAACAUCAUUGAUCACUUCUUUUGCGAUUUCAUCCCCGUUUUGGAGCUUUCGUGCUCAGAUACGUCUAUAGCUGAAAUGGAAUCCUUAUUGGUCACCCCUUUUAUUCUUCUCUUCCCAUUUCUGUUUGUUUUUGUUACAUAUGUCCAUAUCUUUUUCACCAUCUUUGGAAUCUCCUCAACCACUGGGAGGCAGAAAACCUUCUCCACCUGUGGCUCCCAUUUAACCGUUGUGAGCUUGUUUUAUGGAACACUACUUAGUAUAUAUUACAGCCCAUCCAGAGGAUAUGUCUUAAAUAUCAACAAGUUUGUUUCUCUCUUCUAUACUGUGUUUACCCCAUUGUUCAACCCCAUUAUAUAUAGUUUAAGAAAUAAGGAAAUCAGAAAAGCUUGUUAUAUAUGUCUAAGAGUAAAGCAAAUCUAA